GCGCUCUAGCUGCCGCAAAGAGCAACGAGACCGGAACUUCCGUUCUCGGCCUUCCUUCCGGCGCGGCGGGAAGAUGCGCGUGGAGCGGUGCUACUUCUGCUCCGGCCCGGUCUACCCGGGGCACGGGACGCUCUUCGUGCGCAACGACUGCAAGGUGUUUCGGUUCUGCAAGUCAAAAUGCCACAAAAACUUCAAGAAGAAGCGGAACCCCCGGAAGGUGCGGUGGACCAAAGCCUUCCGGAAGGCAUCUGGGAAAGAGUUGACAGUGGACAAUUCAUUUGAGUUUGAGAAACGGAGAAAUGAGCCGGUAAAAUACCAGCGAGAGCUUUGGAAUAAGACAGUGGAUGCAAUGAAGAGAGUAGAAGAGAUCAAGCAAAAGCGACAAGCCAAAUUCAUCAUGAACAGAUUAAAGAAGGGCAAAGAGCUGCAGAAAGCGCAGGACAUCAAGGAGGUCAAGCAGAACAUCCACCUCAUUCGAGCGCCGCAUGCAGGCAAAGCCAAGGAGCUGGAAGAGAAGAUGGUCCAGAAGCUGCAGGAUGCCCUGGAGAUGGAAGACGCUGCCUAGAACGUGGCUCUCUUGGGCUUGGGGGCUGCCCACGCGCGAGGCGUGACUUGCGCAGUGAAAGGGGCGCUUUUGUCCCUGCCCUGCCAAGCCUCGUCUGCCUCCUUCUUGUGCGGCAGCCCCGGAUGCCGCUUUCUGUUGGGAUCAGCACUUCAUUGCAAAAAUGAGGCAAGGGGAGCCAGAUCGCUCGCACGGAGCUGUGGAUUCAGACAUUGUUCAGGCCCCGUGAGAUCACCAAGGCCUCCAAUAAAGCCUUUGGCUGGGGGUUGGUGGGCGGAGUCCUUCGGCCCUGCUCAGCCUCUGCCCUGGA